AUGCAUACGUCAUUAGCUUCUAUCGGCAGGGCUUGUACAAUCCAAGAAGAUGAAGAUCCGCCGGCUACAUCUUUGGAGAGUUCAUUCGACAUGCAACAAGUUGAUUACAUUGAACAAAGCUUAAGAUCAUGUACGACUUCAGUGGAUGAGUUAGUCACACUCGCAUUAUCAUUAUGCCAUUCGAUUAAAAUACUACCAAAUUUUAAUAAGAUCGUUUUACAAGAACAUCCUUGUGGAAUCAAACAGAGUGAUUCGAUACUUAAUACAGAUAAAUAUGACAACAAUAAAAACCAACCAUCAUCAGCAUUGGAUGAACAUAUCAACUCAUCAACAAUUAACGACCCAUUAUAUGUCAAUAAUAUUUAUUCUUUUCAAGCUCUUUAUGAGAAAAAUUCUUGUAAUAUAUUAAAUGAUUAUCAUGAGUUUUUAUUAACUACAUUAUUACAUUUUAAUGAUGAAAGUGGAGAUGAUGAUAUUGAUGAUAACAGUAAUGACACACCUAUUACCGGUUAUACAACAACACAUUAUGAUUAUUCCUCACAAUUAGGUGAACUUAGAAUUUUGUGCGAAAGUUUAAGACAAUGUUGGACACAGAUGAAACGUUUAGCUAAUGAACAACGAAAUAUGCAAUAUCGUUUAAAUCAAAUUAAUGCUUCAAAUAACUGUGAUACAAUUUUAACAAAAAUCUUUUUAGAUGCAUAUAGAAUUAAUUCCAUGUACAGUAAAUUACUAACAUUAGCUAUUAUUAAUUCUGCUCAAUAUUUAAUCUAUUCUGGUGUAUCAUUAUUAGGUUAUAUGGAAUUAUCACGUUUUACACAUGAUGAACUAUGGGAAAUGACACGUGGUAUUGAAGAGUUAAAUAUUUUACGAGGGCAUUUACAUAAUACAUUUCAAAUAUAUCGUAACACACAUUUGUAUAAAUUAAUAUGUAACGACGAAAAUAUAUUUCAUUCUGCUCAAAUUUUAUCACCAACUACCGAUACUACUAGUAUUAGUAGUACUUUUAAACCAUUAUCACAACUUAUUUCAUAUAACUUAUUAAAUGAUCCUGUUGAUGUUGUAUUUUCGAUGUCUGUUGGAUGUUUAUUUUCACUCUUCGCUAAACAACGUUCCUUGCGUCUUGCUCAUCUAAUCUAUUUACACAUAUAUAAGUUUCCAAAACUGUUCUUUAGUGAACCUGAUAACAAUCAUACUACUAUCGAUUAUAAUCAUAAUUUAUCAAACAAAAAUUUAUUACAACAAGAAUUUCAGAAAUUCAUUCAAGAUAAUCACGGUUUGUUAGCUUCAGACUAUCUUCGAAAUGAAUAUGAAUUUAUAUCAAAUUUCUUAGAUAUACUAUCUCAAUCAACUGAUCUAUUAUAUCAAGUACAGAAAUUACAACUUGUGUAUACAUCAGCUGCCGCUACAGCACAAAUAAGACAAGUCGAAGCCGAACAACGAUUAAAAACUUUUAGUAACACUAAUAAUUUGGAUCCCUGUUCUAUCUCCUCUCCUACCUCCUUGCCGUCUUCAUCUAUAUCACAUGCUGUAAGUGUUGAAGGUAAACAUGGUGUGUUAGUGCGUGCUACUUCAACAAAUCAUCCAAAUAUGACAGAGACAAAAGAGAUAAUUUCUAAAACACCUCGAAAAACAGAUAUUCAUCAUAGAACUAACAUUUUACCUAACUAUAUUUCACGUUAUCAGGAUGCGUUGCAUCGUUCUAGCACAUUAGAUCGAUAUGUGGCCACUGGAUCAGCUGUUUCACCUUAUUCAUCAAUCAGUAAUCAUACACUUGACAAGAAUGAUUCUACUAUUUAUACUGCAACUGAAAGCAGUAGUAUCACUAGUGAUAAGGAAAAGGAACAAAGUAAACAUAGAGUUAAUUCUAAAAAAGGUGUACAGUGGAGUGAUCAUCGUGAAGUUAGUACACGACAUCAAAUUAUAGGUCGGUAUUUGGAGAUGACAUGGAAGUAUUCAGAGAAUACGCUAACAAGCUUAUUCCUAUCCACAUCGAGCACGAUUAUUAAACAGAGGAACGGUAACAGUAAUAAUAUAACUGUAAAUGAACCUAAAUUGUGCAAAUCUACUUUAACUAUGCCAUCAGUGGAACUUUUAAGAUUGGGAAAUAAUAUUUGUCAAUUGACGAUCACAUCAGAUUUCUUUCCUACUGGUUUACUACCAGUGCUUAGAAAGCAAGCACUGAAGUGUAAAGAAUAUGCUAUUUGGCGAAACUGGUAUGAAGAACAUCAAAUGUUCGAGUGUAUAUUGAAGAAAAAUGACGAGAACACAAUUUCUGUAACAGGUGAUAACUAUAAUUUACAAGAUACCUCAGAGAUUACAUUUUCCAAUAAUGUAGUUUCUCAUGAAACAUGUGAUCACUUAAAUCAUAAUUCAUUAUAUUCAAUUUACAAUAUAUAUGUUCAAAAAAAUACAGUCAAUACUUCUGACACGCAAUCAUCAUUUUGUCCUUGUAAUAUUGAUAAAUGUCAAAACUGUUGUAUUACAAUGAAUUUACAGCGGUUAUGGGGCUCCAAAGCAUUUCUAAUUAUAACUGACAUAAAUUCAAGCAUUGAAUUAAUUACUUAUAUGACGAAAUUAUUUGUUAAUGAUGAACAAACUUGGAUGAAUAUUUUAUCGUUGAUACAAAAUGAAAUAAAAGCAUCAGGCAUCUCAUCAAUUGUACACCAUUUCGAUAUUUCCAUACCUGAUUCAUAUAAAUCUCUAUUAUUAAAAUUAUACAAAGCUUAUGAAUUUACACGACGUUUAGAUGUCAUUUUUAUACGUUUUCUCAUUAUGUUAAAAAAUAUAUGUUUUAAUGAAUAUAACAAAUGUAUGAAAAAUUGGAAUGUUACAUUACAACAAACUGAUGAUAAUCAUUCUAUCCAGCACCAAACAAACAUAAUUGAUAAUAAUAUAAAUCAAAUUACAUAUUACUAUCAACAAUCUAUAUAUAUUGAAUUAUUAUUUAUUCAUUAUGAAAAUCUUAUAAAAUGUUUUAAAAAUUUAACUGAUAUUGUUUUUAAUAAUAUCAUCUAUUGUAUUUUAUAUUGGUUCGGUUAUACAAAUAAUUAUGUAAAUGAUGAAAUACUGAAAGAAUUCAAACAAUUAUUUAAUCCAAUGAAUUCAUAUUUUCUGUCAAAUUUAACAUCAACUCCAUCAUCAAGAAUAUCAGUAGGAACAACAACCACAAUAUCAAAUAGUAAUUUUGAUGAUCUAAUUGAAAUUAAAACAAACUUAUUGAAUGUAGACAGAAAUGUUCUAAUACGGUUAGCACGUGUAAUAGGAACAUUAAGUCAAGUGAAUAAUUUAUUGAUAUCAUUAGAUAAGAAUAUUAAGGAAUGGAAAGAAACUUUAAGAAAAACAUUUCCACAGAUAAUGAAUAAACUUAUCGACAAAUACAUUCUUAAUUAUCAUAAUGAAAUACUAUGUAAUUUCCAAAUUGAAAAUAAUGAUUUAAUUAAUCUAAUGACCAUAUUUCUUAAAUCAAUUAAUAAAACAAUUGGAACUUGUUUUAAUUCACCUACAGAGAGAAUAAUUUCAAUUGAAAAUUCAUCAAUAUUAUGUGAAUAUCAUCAUAAUGUGUUUUAUUAUAUAAUUCAACCAACAGUUAUUCAAUUUUUUCAUAGAUUAUCACUAUUAUUAAAAGAGACAUCUAUAAAUUACGAUGAAUUUAUUCAAAAAUAUCUUAUCAUACGAUUUCAAAAUCAGGUGCCUUUAAACCUAUUACAAGAAAUUUAUCAAUCUAUUAAGAUUCAUAAUCAAUCUGGUGAAUCUUCAUUAAAAUGUUUUCAUAGUACAAUGUUUACUGAACAUCAACCAGAUAAUGUUAUUCAAGAACAAGAAACUGAAAAGUUCUCAUCGUUAUCAUCAUUACUAACGGAUACAAAGCAGUUGAAGAGUAAAUUGAAUUCUGGAUCUGCAGGAGUUGACUUUAUUCAAUCCACAAUGAUAUUUAUGUCAACUGCCAUGAAAAAUACUGUGAAUAAACAUUUACCUAAAGAACCGAAAGAUAAAAUUGCAUCUUUUGCAGCUGAUGUUUGUUCUAAUCUACGUUUACCAUUCCGUAGUCAAACAACAAAUAAUCUCAAUAACUGUAGUAAAACCACAUCUACUACUACUACUACUACUACUACUACUACUAUAACCAUAGCAAAAUCAUCAACUAUGAAAGAUAAAAAGAAUCUCUCAACGAAUACUCCAUGGAAAAUCAAUAAUACAUCUUAGCAUAUGGAGUCCUAUUACUAUUUUGGUUGUGUUAUUUUUCUUGUCAAUAAUGUGUUUUUUCCAGUUUACACAUUUAAUAAAAGAAUUAUUUUAAGCAACUAAAAUGUUAAUAAAGAUUCAUUAUAAAAUUCACAAAACAAUUAUUUAGAGUAUCUCAUUUCAUUUAUCAUUUAUACUCUUAUAAGUGUUUGUAAAAAAUUCUUAUUUUUUCUAACAUUUCUCUUUAUUUAAUUCUUCUAUCAUACUGUGAAUAGAUAACAAAGAAUACAUAUAUCAAUAGAAUAUUAAUAGAAUACUAGUUUAAAUAAAGUUGAUGUUAACUUUUUCUUUCUCUCUGCAAACUUCUUCAUUACUUCAUUAUAUUGAAUCUUAGUGAUGACAUUUGUCUUGUUUUCCAAUCUUCCAUAAUUUGUUUUCUUUUUCUUUUUUCUUUUUUUUUACUGUUCUACCUAUGAACUUUAAAAUAUGUCUUAUACAAAGUUGGAAAAACAACAUAAAAUGAUAAUAUCACAGUUUAUUCAUUAAUUAUAUUGUAAAGAAGAAAGUAACUCAAUAUUAAUUGACACAUUCUCAUUUGUAUAGUUAAUGACAAAUAAGUAAUAUCAUGAAUUAGCAUUCAUUUUGAAUGUCAUUGUGAAUUGGCAAUUAAAACUAUAAUCAUUUAUUAUUAACACAUUUGUGAUGCAAUUAAGAUUAUAAUUUAUUUUAUUUUAAUAAUUUGUAGUUGAUUAAUUUCUUGAAAUCGCAUAUAAAUAAAACAUUAUAUUGAUGAUUUGGUUCAUUGUUAUUUUCUUUUCUUCAAAA